GUAGGAUUCGCAACGUCGCUCCCUGGAAGCGUCAUGGAUGCUCAGUUGAACGCGGGGAUCGAGAGUCGAGCACAUCGCAGGACUGGAAGCGGAGCUUGUGGGAUUUAUUGCUAAACAGUCUCUCUGACUAAAGGCGUGACAACAUCAGACUGGAUCCGCGUGCAGACUGAUCCAUCGCAUCAUCGCCGAAACAAAACGUUUGUUUUGCGGAGCGCACUAGUGGAAUCAAAAUGUCAGAUGCAGCUAGCGGUAUUGGAGCUUACAGACGCCAAUAGAGCAUGUUAUUGUUUAUAUGCUUAUGAUUUUCUGCUUACUGGGGAUAGAGCGGUUGAAGACGUGCGUUUUGUCUACAUUUCCGAAAGCAAAUAAGUUGCGCGUGCACUUAUGGAUGGAUAGCAGGUGCACGAACGGCUCACCUAUAAAUGUGAUUCUUCACUCGCGGCUGUUCUGAUUUCACGAGCCCGGGAAAAUAAUAUCCGAGGAUAAAACAGCAUGUUUUUCCAUUAUAGCAGUGCGAUAAGACACCAGUCGUGUUAUGUUUAAAUUGUGUCAAAUUCUAAAUCAGUGCAGCCACUCGAAAUGUUAAUUUAAUUAGAUACAGUAGCGUAAAUCUAAAGAGUUUUAUGUUUAUUUUGUUUUCCGUUUUACGUUACGACAGUAACUCAUCCCUUUAUGGUUACGGCUAUUUUAAAGUCUAAAUUAUUGUUAUUUUGUAUUCAAAGUAAUUCCAACGUGACGUAUACCAUGCUGUGAUAAAUUCACAACACUUUCUGACCACUUUGAAACUAAUGGAGAAACUAAAAGCAGAAAUUAUUUUAAACAAAUAUGUUAGCAGAUUGUACAAUGCAUAAUGCUAUUCUAUGAGUUGUUUUCUAUCUAAAUAUCGUGAUUUCUUUAGCUAAGUGUACAUCAGUUGUAUAGUUCUCAUUGGUGAUUUGGAUACCCAAACAAACUCAAAAAUGCACUUAGUUCCUGAUCCCAGGAAGUAUGGGGUGUGCAGUUUGAUUGGGUUGUUUAUAGUUAAUUAAAUGCAAAGUCAGUGUUAAAAGAGACUGGUCAUUUGAGCGAAAGCUUUAAAUCCAGAGGAUGAUCUUCUCUGGAGUGGCUGGACUGCUGUCAGAGCGGCUUUCACACGAUUAACAGCCCGCUGCUCUUUUCUUUGCCUGUCCGCCCACACUAAAAUCAUUUACUGGACUAUAUGCUUUAAAAACUAGUUUGAGGUAAAGAGGAUCAAGAAUUUUUAACAGUGCAACAGUGGCAUGUAUUGUAAAUCAUACAUAGCUGUAUGAUGACUCUAAAACACUUAUUUCAGCAAAUUAGUGCAAGUUUAGUUACUGAAACCUGUUAAGCUUGAGCGUUUUGUCUUUAAAACAGAUCAAAUUGAGAAUAUAGAUGCAUCUUUUUUGAAGAGUGCCAAACCAACUGAAUUUACAAACUAUAAACAUGACUUUGAGAUACCAGGAACGCUUAUAAAUUGUGAACAGCAGACAGUACAGCUUUUUGCAUCAAGCAUUUCUUUACGCCGCUGAUGCAAAUAUGACCUUGUGAUAUCAGGAAUUCAGAUGCAGCCGAUACCGAAGCUGAUGCUGCUGUUGGAAACAUGACAUUGUGACAUCAGGAGUCUGCCUCUAAAGCACCAGACUUGAGGAGCAGCUGACACUCUCUUUUUUGCUGCUGCUGCUGCUGAUGAUGCUGCAGCUGCGAAAAUGCUGCGAUUCCCUGUGAAGAAAAUACGAAAACAGUUCAAACUUCUGCUGCUGCUGGUGCUGCUCACUUUUGCAGUAUGGUUUACGUACCUGCACAUCAACCAGGGCAAAUCCAUUAAGCUCCAUUUCAAUUAUGGGAAAGAUGGUGAGAGGCCGAUGGAGGGAACUGACACCAGCCAUAAGAGAGACUCGCGUUCAUCAGACAAGUACCGCAAAAGCGAAGAUGCCAGCAACAGCCAGGAGGAGGAUAACACACAGGAAGAUGAGCCCAACGCCGGCACUGCUCACAACAAAGAUCAAGCUGAAAUUCGCAAGUUGCUUGCACAGAAGUACAAAAAGUUGCCAUGGAAACCAGAGUUUAAAGGUCAAGCGAACCUCCACGUGUUUGAAGACUGGUGUGGCUCCUCAGUCGCUCAGCUCAGGAAGAAUCUUCAUUUUCCUCUCUACCCCCAUACGAGAACUACUGUAAAGAAGUUGGCUGUGGCUCCAAAAUGGAAGAACUAUGGCCUGAGAAUAUUUGGAUACAUUCUACCUUAUAAGGAUGGUGAUUUUCAGUUUGCUGUUUCUUCUGAUGAUAACUCUGAGUUCUGGUUAAGUUCAGAUGAAAGUCCUCUCAACGCCCGACUGCUGGCCUAUGUGGGGAAGCUGGGAUCUGAGUGGACCGCUCCAGGAGAGUUUACCAAGUUCAGGUCCCAGGCAUCCAAGUCUGUGCAUCUGAUGGCCUCCAGACGAUACUACUUUGAGAUUCUCCACAAGCAGGACGAUAAAGGUUCAGAUCAUGUGGAGGUUGGGUGGCGCCCUUUCCUGCCAGGACUCAAAUAUGAGGUCAUCGAUUCUGCCUACAUCUCCUUGUACACAGAUGAGAGCAGUUUGAAGAUGAACCAUGUGGAUCACAUUCCGCAGACGCUGGCCAGCCACAGUCGUGUUCCUGCAGAGACCCACAUCCACAGCCAACACGGCGCCGAUAUGCUGCAACCGGACCCCCGCGACACCUUUUUCAACAUUCCCAUGAUUGACCCUGCUCAUCUUGAAAAUGUGCUGCCCGCCUGUCUCUACUCUCCAACAUAUGUUGUCAAAGACUUCCCUAUUGCCCGCUAUCAAGGACUACAAUUUGUCUAUCUUUCUUUUGUCUAUCCCAAUGAUUUUACCCGCCUUACUCACAUGGAAAAAGAAAAUAAGUGCUUCUACAGAGAGUCACCCAUCUAUCUGGAGAAGUUUGGCUUCUAUAAAUAUAUGAAGAUGGAUGAAGAGGAAGAUGACAGGCCGUUUUUCUUCCCUAAUCCUGAUGAUUUUCUCGAAGAAGAAGAGGGAGUGGAUCCGGAUGAUGAAGCACAAGUUGUUGGCACCCAGUCAGCAAAGAAAACCAUCCAACCUAGCCAGUCAACUCACACCUUAAGCCCUUCAGACAAACCUGUUCCCACAAUGCUGGACAGAAAAGAAGUAGAACCAGGGAACCCAGCAUUAAGAAGAGAGCAAAGGCGCUUUUUUGCCAGUGCAAGGCAGCCAGUAGUGCCUGAAGCUCAAGAGAUGGAAAAAGACACUCCGGACCAUCAAAUUAAUGUAGGGUCACCAAAAAGUGAGAGUGUGGUGAGAGGUCGUUCUCUUGCUUGGGUUCAAAGAGACCGUAGAGAGGGAUGGUCGGAAGAACGUUCCCCCAAAAUAAGUAGAACAGCUUUGCUGUUUCCACCAAAAUCCUCAUUGGUUGCCCUUAACAGUCGAGCUAAGCAAAUCCUCAGCAACCCAAACCCAUCACCAGCCAACAACCAUGCUCACGACAACAACCGCAACCCUGGAAACAUCCAUGCCAACAAAGAACAUAAGAAGGAAGACAACAAAAUCUACGUCACAAGGCCUCGACCUGCUAGGGAGAAGCAAGGUCUUGUUUCGCGCCAUCCCAGAGAGGUCUUCCCUGGUGUUUUCCUCUAUCAAAAUGGCAAAACAACAAAGUUAGUAAAUCUCAGCGCCAAACCAAAACUUGGUAAAGGACCUCUACGGGCAUCGCAGCUAUUCGCGCGAUCUCCUUUGCAAGAAUCCAAGGUGUUUCCAGCUAGCCCGAAUUUCAGCAACCCAAUACCCCCAAAUAGAGCAGCAAUCCCAAGCCAUUUCGAGCGAAGGAUAAGGGGCGUCUGGGAGAAACACCAGCAUCCUUUGAGGCCUGUCACAACCCUACGCCCCACUCCUCAGUCCUCUAACUCCUCUGAGAAUGUGCCGCCAACCGAGUCGGUUCGUGUCACUUCCUAUAUGCACACCUCACAGAUUACAGAGUCCCAACAGCAGCGGCCGGACACAGACCUGGAGCCUGAGGAGGACGGAGGUUUAUCAGAGUACAGCUAUGAGGACGUGGAACCUCGGCCUGGAUGGGCAGAGGAGGCCAUAAAUUGGCAGAGGACAUUUUCUGUCAACAGCAUGGAUUUUGAAUCGUUGCGCUCCGACUGGAAUGAUCUCCGCUGCAAUGUGUCAGGAAACCUGCAGCUGUCUGAAAGUGAAGUGGUGGACGUGCUUGCACAGUACAUGGAGAAACUUAACGAACGCAAUGGAGGGAUCUACACUCUCCUUCGCAUCAUAAAUGUUGAAAAGCGCCGUGACUCUGCGCGGGGAAACCGCUACCUGGUUGAGCUGGAGUUAAUGGAGAGAGGCCGGAAGAUAGUCCGCCUUUCUGAGUACAUCUACAUGUUGUUGCACCGUGGACGGGCGGAAGACAGUCUGGAAAAUGUUGAAGGGGUAACAGCAUCGUCCCCCUCUUCUCCUGUUGCCAGCCCACCUGCUCAACCAUCUCACACACCAACUCGUGGGGCCCGCGGCACCCCUCAGUGGGGCACAGUGUAUGCAAAACCUCUGCUAUGCCAGCCAGUGAUGCUGAGGUGGAAAAAAGAUGUCAUGGUGCAUUUUGUAGUGCCAGUCAAGAAUCAGGCUCGUUGGGUUCAGCAGUUCAUUUCAGACAUGGAGUCCCUGCAUAGCGAGACAAAGGACAACAAUUUCAACAUCAUCAUUGUGGACUUCCAGAGUGAAGACAUGGAUGUGGAGCAGGCCCUCAGAGAAAGCACUGUUCCACGAUAUGAGUAUCUAAGGAGGGAAGGAAACUUUGAACGUUCUGCCGGCUUACAGAUUGGUGUGGAUACCAUAGAGGACAGUCACAGUAUCGUGUUUCUGUGUGACCUGCACAUUCAUUUCCCUCCUAACAUUCUGGAGAACAUCAGGAAACACUGUGUUGAGGGCAAACUGGCAUUUGCACCUAUAGUGAUGAGACUAGGCUGUGGGAGCUCACCGCUAGAGCCUGAUGGUUACUGGGAGGUAAACGGCUUUGGUUUGUUUGGGAUCUACAAGUCAGAUUUUGACAAGAUUGGUGGAAUGAACACAGAGGAGUUUAAGGACCGAUGGGGCGGAGAAGACUGGGAACUGCUAGACAGAGUUCUCCAAAACGGUCUGGAGGUUGAGCGCUUAAGACUGAGAAACUUCUUCCACUACUAUCACUCCAAAAGAGGCAUGUGGAACUCACAGUCUAGUAAGACUCCUAAAUGACGAAUAACUGGAGCUCACUGAGAGAGAUGUCAAAAAGAAACUCAGCUCAAA